CUUUCUCCUAAAAAUAGGAGGUAAAUGAACAAAGUAAAGUAAAUUUCCAAAAAUUUAAACAACAAUAUCCAUUACAGGCCCUUUUUCUUUUUAUUUAACCACAAAAACAGUACGGGAAAAAGAGAUCUGCUUUCCUAUGUCCAAACUGAACAUGAAAAGAAGAAGUUACUAUCACUUCAUCUGCAGCAACAGCAACUUCCCACCGAGUUAGCUCAACGGGACGGCGUUGUUUACAAGAUCACGUGUGAAUGUGGCAAAUUAUCAUCGGUGAAACAGGGAGUGCGAUAGAAGAUAGAAUUAAGAGACGUGAAAGAGAUAUACGACUCGCACUCAAUAGUCGGCGAUUUCAGAACACGCAAAUGAAACGGGGCACGUUCCUGUUUGGGACCAGGUGAGGUUUAUUGAUCACGACUGACUGGAACACACGUAUGGUCUAAAGAAGCCAUCCACAUAAAACUUCCUCCUCCUAAACAAAGGUGCUAUAAGUCAACUUUCCACCUGGUCGCCUGACGAAGACCAGCAGUAGAGAGGUCGAAACGUCUCCAUCAUUACACAAUUGAUUGUCCUGGCUCUUACAUCGUGAGACAAACGUUCAUUUAUCUAUAUAAACCACGAUAAACAACAAAAUUUUCUAGAAUAACUCUGUACCUACUUUUGGCGUAAAUUUAGACUGCGAUGUCGUUGUAUUUUCUUUCAGGGUGACAUUAAAUAGGGAAUUGAAAAGCAAAAAUAAGAAACCAAAUGAAGUACAUGUAAGCUGUUGAUUCCAGGGUAGCGCGUCUUAAAUUGAUUGGUAAACCACUAUCCGUAAGGUUUUGUUAAGGUUUAUUUUCGGGUUUCCUUCUACCGAUUCACUCACAUUCACGAAGCGAUCAUUGAAGCACGUAGCAUGACCGUAUUGGGAAGUGUCAAUCACACACUAUCCGCCAAACUUGAGGCUAAUAUGAUAAUUCAAGACUUUAAAAGACCUAAUUUCAACAAGACUUUACUAAAUAAACAAUGAAGGUUUGCAUAUCAUUUCAUUUUAUCCAUUAACCACUCAAAAUGAACAAAAUCACACCUGCCGUACCAAAGAUUAACAGCAUCAAAUAUUUUAACCAAGAAGUGCCAAACAGUGGUCGCUUUGGUGUUGCAUUUGGAUGAGAACGGUUUUAUCUGGACAGCUCUAACACCCCCCUCAUAAUUCAAAUAGAACAGGUGUCCCAUUGAAAAGAUGUCACGAAGAAAAUUACCAAUAGCCUGAAGUUUUAUGUAUUCAUACGGCUUCUAAAGUUUUCCUAUUAUUCCUCUUAAAAUGGUGACAGAAGGACUUACGAAUCUUUCCCAAGAGCUGCAGCAACGUGCAGUUGGUUUGGUAGUCUUGGAAAGUGCUCUUAUGAUACUCAUUAACAUACUGGCCUUUACUGGUAACAUGCUGGUCUGCUUGGCAGUGUAUCGUAAUCAAAGACUUCGCAUCAUACCGAACAUCUACGUCGUGACUCUGGCCAUAUCAGAUGCUCUGAUGGCAGCCCUCUGUAUGCCUAUGUCUGUGGUUCUUCUCACAACAGGAAAGUGGCCAUUUAACAGUGCUGUUUGUCAUUUCCAAGGAUUCUUUUGUUUCUUCUGCGCGCUGAACUCUUUGUUGCUUAUGACUGCAACGGCGGUGAACCGAUAUUUUCGCGUGGUGAAACCCACCCUUUAUCGUCAGCGUUUUAAAGUAAAAUCAACGUUUAUUUCUGUGGUUGCCUUGACACUUUUCGCAGCUCUUGGUGCAGGACUUUCAUCGAUGACUCAAUGGGCCACAUUUACCGUGCAUUACGGUAAAGUUAUUUGUUUUAUGGAAUUUGAGACACCGCACCUGGACAUGGCUUACAUGGCGUAUUUGGAUGUAAUCUACAUUUCUGUUCCUAUUGGAAUCAUCACCUUCGCGUAUUACAAGAUUUUUAUAACCAUCAAACAACACAAUCAGGAGAUGAACAUUACUAGAAAAGAGGCGAAUCUUCGAUUGAAUGUGGAGGAAGUGAAAAUAACAAAGGCACUAUUCGCAGCUGUGCUGGGUUUUAUUCUCUGUUGGGGACCUAUAGCUAUUAUUGACAUGGUUGAUUCCUUCUCUGCACAUAAACUUGCUAUUCCACGACAGGUUUUCAUUUUAUACAUAUAUCUUGGCUUUGGAAGUUGUACCAUUAACCCUGUUAUAUAUGGUGUUAUGAAUAGAGCGUUCAGAGCAGAAUUCUUGCGUGUUUUGACUUUCUGUAGAAGAAAGAACGAAAUUGCUCCACAUGGCUGAGCCUCUAACAUUAGCACAUAAUCUGCUUCGCAGCGAUCUACAUUUGUGUUGCAAAGUGACAAGCGGAGGAAAAAUCCAGAAUUAAUGUGACCCGCGUUAAUAAAAAUCUUUACGGAAGAAAAAGUAGUUUUGACAGUGCGAUUGAGUGCCGUUCAAGGAAACAAAAUUCAUGUUUACAUAAAAACAUUCUGAGGGUUAAUUUACACCGUGUAUUUUUUUAAAAAUUGCUUCUUAUGCUAUUUCACAACUCCAUAGUUUCUUUAAUGAAAAA